AUGGGGGUGUCAGAGCUGCGUCCCUCUUCUGAGCCCGUCCCCUCGUCUCCCGAUUGGGCGAAUCUCUUCCCUGAGGUCCUCACCCUCAUCGCCAAGCGUCUCUCCGCUGCAGAUUACGCCAGAUUCUCCGCCGUCUGCACCUCGUGGGCUUCGGUAGCAUCGCCGGAGAACGGCAUGCCCGGCCCCCUCGCCCUCCGCAGGGGUCAACCCUACCUGCUGUUCUCCGGAGACGGCGUCGGCGACUGCGAGCAGAGUGACUUCUGCACCCUCUUCGAUUUCCUCGACGACUCUUUCCGCAGGAUCCGCCCUUUGCCGGAGAUCCGCGGCAAGUGGCUCGUCGGAUCUCAGUUCGGAUGGCUCGCCGUCGUGGACGAGCUCGCCAACCCUAGCCUCCUCAACCCGUUCACCAGAACUCAGAUCGAGCUCCCUCCCAUCACGACCGUUCCUGACGUCGAUCCUGUUUACGACUCCGAGGGGUCUCUCGUAGGGUACAACCGUGAGGAGGAAUACUACCCGCUAGAGCUUUGCCGAGUACCCCUCGUGAUAAGUAAAAUUGUCCUGUCCUCGGCCCCAACAGCCGGCGAUUUCGGGGCCGUGGCCAUCGGCCCUAGCGGUCUUCUUAUGUUCGCUAGACCCGGGGAGAGAAAGUGGAACCUCUGGGAUAUAUGCCGACUAUACGCUGUGGUCGAUGUCAUAUAUCGCGACGGUGUAUUCCUAGCCGUCAACAACAUGGGUGAUGUGUAUGCUAUAGACCUCGCCUCUCCUUCAUCUUCUCUGAAGGUUUCAUUGGUUGCCAAGGGCUACGGUGAUUAUCACGAUACCAGGUAUCUCUUGGACUCGUCGGGGGUUCUUUUGCAUAUCUUGUGUAAACGUAUUCCCCCGGGAGAACUUAGAUACCGAACAUGCAAAAUCGAGAUUCGGAGCCUGGACCCUGAAACCAGCACGUGGCUUCCUGUAACGAGCCUGGGCGAUCGCUCCCUCUUCAUAGGUUCUUGGUGCUCCAUGUCCCUCCAGGCCGGGGAAAUAUCUUGGCUAAAAGAGAACCGUGUCUAUUUUACAGAGGACUUCUGGGCGGUGCUCCCAUUCUCGAAAGAAGUGGUUCGUGAUAUCGGCAUGUUCAACUUGAACACCGGAAAUUUUGAGGCUUGCUAUCCUCCGGAAAUGAGACUGAAAUGGCCUCCACCCAUCUGGAUUACGGCUCCUCAGUUCUGAAUUAAAAGAUCCCAUUGCUGUGGACCUAUGCAGAUUGCAUGCCCCUCAACCAAUUGCAAACUGGGAAUUUGAACCUGCGAAUACAACUCAUGUUUCUUCAGGUGUAACAUUAUGUGAUUUACUAUUUGUUUAUUUAUAAGUUGGUUUUUGUUAAUCUACUAGAUGAAUAAUACUACGAUAAAAUAUCGGUAGAACUUGUUAUUCGAAUAAGUGCUGCAAAUAAACUCAUAUUUCUUGAAAA